GACACAACGUGACAAGUGACAGUGACAGGGUUAACGGCUUUUUUGCAGUUGUAAAAUUAUUAUUGAAAUACAUAAAAGCAACUGUAAUUAAAUGGAAAUGGAAGUAAAACAGGAAAUUAGCGAGGAAACGUGUAAAAUAGAAAUAGAGUAUAAUGAUUUUGAUGAUGCCCUUUUGAACGAGUUGAAAUGUGAAAUUCAGGAGGAGUCCAAGAGGGAAAGAACUCAUAGUACAUUUGAUUCUUUAGACUUGCAGAAAUGUCCCAUAAAUACUGAAAUAGAGUAUGGAAAUAAACUUAACCCAUUUGAAGAAAACGAGAAAACUGAAAAAGGUUAUCUCGAAGAUGGAAACAAAAUGGAGAUUAAGGAGAAAGUCAUUGAAGAUUCAUCCUCCCAAGGAAAUGAAAUGUCUGGACACACUCAAGAAGAAACCUCAAAUAAAAAUAUGAAAAUUGUGACUGAAAAAAGACUAUACAAGUGUGAAAUUUGUUUUAAACAGUUUAGUAGAGCAGAUAAUUUAAAAACACAUUUAAGACUGCAUACUGGGAAAAAAUCAUACAAGUGUGAAAUUUGUUUUAAACAGUUUAGUAGAGCAGAUAAUUUGAAAAGACAUUUGAGAGUGCACACUCAGUGUGCACCACCAUACAAAAAACAAUACAAAUGUGAAAUUUGUUUUAAACAGUUUAGUCAAGCAUGUAAUUUAAAAACACAUUUGAUGUUUCACACUGGAGAAAAACUUUACAAGUGUGAAAUAUGUUCUAGGCAAUUUUCUUCUAAAGGUAAUUUGAAAACACAUUUGCAACAGCAUACUGGGAAAAAACCAUACAAGUGUGAAAUUUGUUUUAAACAGUUUAGUAGAGCAGAUAAUUUGAAAAGACAUUUGGGAGUGCACACUCAGUGUGCACCAUCAUACAAAAAACCAUACAAAUGUGAAAUUUGUUUUAAACAGUUUAGUCAAGCAUGUAAUUUAAAAACACAUUUGAUGCUUCACACUGGAGAAAAACUUUACAAGUGUGAAAUAUGUUCUAGGCAAUUUUCUUCUAAAGGUACUUUGAAAAUGCAUUUGAGAACACAUACUGGAGAAAAACCGUACAGGUGUGAAAUUUGUUUUAAACAGUUUCGUGGAACAAAUGAUUUUAAAAGACAUUUGAGAGUGCAUACUGGAGAAAAACCAUACAAGUGUGACAUUUGUUUUAAACAAUGUAGUGAAGCAGGUGCUUUAAAAAAACAUUUGAGAACACAUACUGGAGAAAAACCUCACAAGUGUGAAAUUUGUUUUAAACAGUUUAGUGAAGCAGGUUCUUUGAAACAACAUUUAAGAGUGCACACUGGAGAAAAACCGUACAAGUGUGAAAUUUGUUUUAAACUGUUUAGUCAAGCAUGUUCUUUCAAAACACAUUUGAAAGUGCAUACUGGAGAAAAACCACACAAGUGUGAGAUCUGUUUUAAACAGUUUUCUAUGAAACCUAGUUUGAAAAGACAUUUGAUAUUGCACACUGGCGAAACACCCUUCAAGUGUGAAAUUUGUUUUAAGCUGUUUAGUGCAGCAGAUUCUUUGAAAAGACAUUUAAGGGUGCACACUGGAGAAAAACCAAGCAAGUGUGAAAUUUGUUUUAGACUGUUCAGUCAAGCAAGUACUUUGAAAAGACAUUUGAAGGUGCAUACUGGAGAGAAAUGUUAAAAGUGUGGACUAGUUCUAGGCGAGCGGCAGCAACCCCUAAAAUUACAUUAUACCGACCACGAAAAUCAACUUUAAGGUCAAUGACCAAUUUUGGUGAUUCUUUAUGUUUUCGAGAUCGCUGAAUCUAAACAUGAAGUUUAUUUAUAUCUAGAGUUGGUGGAACAUGUCCAAAAAUAAAAUUUUAUGCAAAAAUGCAAAAAAUCAAUUUUGAUGAUUUUUCAACUUUACCUCGCUGUAUCUUUGGUCGCUGUGAAUGAUUCAUUUUAAACAUUUUACUGUGUCAUCUUUGAAGUAUUUAGAUAACAACGAGUUUGUCCAAAAUGUUUAAACAAAUUAUAGGAGGAGAUGUUAAUUUUUAAUGUGAAUUUUGUCGUCAGAUUUCGUUAGUUUCAUGUUUACUUAAAAAAGUUGAGAGACAAACAUUUUAGUUCAAUUUUAACCGACACAGCAAUAAAGUAUCGUUCAUGAAGAAGUUUUCUGGAAAAUUUCAAGUCAAAAUAUGCAAUAGGAAAAAAGUUAUGUGACUUUAUAGACGAGCGGCACACCACAAAAAAUGUUUAUUUCUCGAGAUGCUGUGUGGUGUGAUGACCACGGUGUGGUGAAUGGCUAAUUUUCGUCAUACUGUAUAUUGUAUAGAUUUGAUGGUGCUGAAUACGAAAAUUAGCUUUAUUUCGAAUUUUAUGUGGAGAACAUUGGCAAAAUCGCAAUUUUGUCCAAAAAAUAAAAAAAAAUGUAUUAACAUUUUUCUGCGUUUAACUCACAACAACCAUUUUAAUAUUUUUUUCUAAAAUUUUUAUAGUACAGUAAAACCUCGAUAUAACGGACCAAUUGCGGGGACGUUAAAACCGAAAGUCCGUUAUAUAAAAAUACUUUUGAAAUAAAUCAGACUAUUUAGAAAUGUGUCCUCAAUAAAAAGUUUAUUGAAAUUCUUUGUAAAUUACAGCGUUUGGUGUCCACAGGGACCUCGUUGUGAUGCAGUGUAUCUUGGUAAGGGCAGGGUUAAGUAUGUAUAAUAUAUUAACAGGACGUUUUUAAUUUUUCUAUAUUUGAUCGUAUUUUUUGUCCGUUUUAUCCGAAGUCCGUUAAAUAGAGGUCCGUUAUAUCGAGGUUUUACUGUAUAUAUUUCGUGGUACACGACAAUUAGACCGAAAUCAUUAGACCGAAAGCAGUAGACCGAACUCAUUAGACCGGAAAGCACUUUACCGAAACCUCACUAUACCGAACAGCAUUAGACCGAAAUGGUAAAUAAAUUUAAAAAAUUUGCCGUAAAUUAUGCUAAGAUUUUGUAGGUAUAUCUGUCUUUUUGUUUAUUGUAUUUUUUUUUGUAUUAUUUUAUAUAUUACAGACUGUGUAAAUUGUUACUCUGUACAGUCUGAUAUGAAAUAAUUUUCAUUCGUUAAACAAAUUAGUGAAGGUACAAAUAAAUUAAGGGUAGAGUGACGUUAACACCAUUUUAACUGUUUAUAAUAACCAUCCAAAUAACUUCUUCUUCAAGUGCCGUCUCCUAAUCGGAGGUUGGAUAUCAUCAUCACUAUAUUUACUCUAUCCACCGCUGCUCUAAAGAGUUCUAUAAAACUGCAUCUAAACCAGUCCCUUAAAUUCUUUAACCAUGACACUCUCCUUCUUCCUAUAUUCCUUCCGCCUCUUAUCUUUCCCUGUAUUAUCAGUCUUAGCAUUUCAUAUCGCGGUCCCCUCAUUACGUGUCCCAGUCCCAGAUAUUGUAACUUUCUUAUUUUUAUUGUGCUUAUUAUUUCGCAUUCUUUACCCAUUUCUCGCAGUACUUCCGUGUUCGUUUUCCUCUGUGUCCAUGCUAUUCUAAGCAUCCUUCUGUAACACCACAUCCAAAUAACAUUUAGUUGUAAUUAUAUUAGUCUUAUCUCUUUUACUGCGACAAGCAAAAAGAACUGCAUUUCGGUCUUCUGCUGGUCGGUCUAGUGAGGUUUCGGUAAAGUGCUUUUCGGUCUAAUGAGUUCGGUCUAAUGAUUUCGGUCUCUUUACAGUAAACCAUAUUUCUUACCUUUCUGAAGACAAUGGUAAAAGGUGCAGACUCCUGAAUUGCAAAGUUUAAUCGCAAAAGUUGAGCGACAAAAUUUGGAAUUUAGUUUUUUGAUCAAGUUUAUGUUAAAAUACAGGGUACCAAGAAUAGAAUGUUUUAUAUAAAAAUAAUGGCGCAACUUAUAAGACUAAGAGUUUAACGUUACCAAACGUUUGUUACAGAAAAAGACAGCAAAUACAAAUUAAGUGAUUGAUGUGAUCGUUCAUGGGUAUUCUUUCAUUUUUCCGACUGUACAUACAAUUAAAGUAAAUGGUAAAGCGGUACCGAUUAAUUUUAUUUAGGGUGCUAAAUAGAGGGAGAUUUUCACUAAUUUUUUUUACCAAAAAUAAAGGGGCCAACAUUUUUUUCAGCGUAACUCGUUUAUUUUUAAUGCUAGAAACUUUUGCAAAAAAAUAAAACCCAAGCGUUUUUGAAACACUUUAAAAAUGUAAAUAAGUUUUUCCCGAAAAUUGCUUAAUUUUCCGGUGAUUUCAAGUUGAAAUACUAGAUUUGGAAUUAGACGAAUAAGAACGUAUUUUUCAUGAGCUACAACUUUACUUUUACUCGGUUUAUAGACUUUACUGAUACCCCAUUUUUUUAAGUUUUAUUUAUUAGCUACACUUUUGCUACGAAUAUUUUUUUCGAUAAAAUAUUUACUUUUUAGUUAUUGCCGAAAAACCGUCUGAAAACGUAGUUUUUUUGUCGAAAAAUAAACAUUUUCAAUCGCAAAUAACUCGAAAAGUAUUGACUUACAUAUAAAACUCUAUACUAUUCUAUAGAAUGAAAGUUGUUUAUAAUCAGUCACUAUCCAUUUCCGGGAUUAUUUUAAACACGCGUUUUUUCACCCCUGAGAAGGGGUGACUGUAAGUAGAACCUAAAUCCAAAUUUUCAUGCAAUUGGGAGUUGCCCCUGAAAAUUACACCCCCAAACGGUCAUUUAUUGGGCUACUGAACUUCUUUCAAUCGCUGCACUGUAUGAAGGCAUGCCUAAUAUAUCAACUGCUAUUUUAGUUAAUUUUGUUCCGAAACAUGUACCUUUCCACUAUAUGAUUGGGUCUAGUUUUUCAAUUGGUUUUACAACGUAUGGUUUUCCAAAAAAAAUCCUCCUUAAACCGAUAAAGUGCCAAAUCUGCCAUUAUUUCAGCAGAGUCAUCACCAUAUUUUUUAAAGUUGUUAAAUUAGCCAUAAACUCAGUUUCCUCAACUUAUUCUGACACUAAACACCCUUGCUAGUCAGUGCCGGAUUUAGGGUACUUGCGGCCCUAGGCCAAAUUACCCCGAGCGGCCCCCGAUAACUUAACGAUUAUGUAAUUAAAGCAUAAAGCACAUUUCAUAUUGACAGUAACAGUUGUCACAGUUUUUUGAAAAUCAUGGUCGGUCUAGACGGCCCAGUUGGCAAAGGCGCAGUUGAUCGACAAGUUUAGUGGUUUGCGAUCGAUGGUUCGAGCCUCAGCCAGGUCAAGAAAUUAUUAAAAGGCCAACGCCGUAGUAUAAAACUCAAUAGAGUCUACGGCUUGGUCUGGAAUAAACUGGCGUCUGAUCGGCCUAUGGAGGAGCGGUACGGCAAGGGAUAAGGGCUGGCGGCUUGGUGAUACUCCUCCAUAGAUCCAUACCGAAGGGCGUUGACGCCUAAGAACGGUGUAUGUAUAUAUAUAUAUAUAUAUAUAUAUAUAUAUAUAU